UCGUGCUGUCAGGACGCCAUGGCUGAAUUCGUCGGUUGCCGCGAAUCGAGCGAACCUGUGAGUGAAAUGCGAGAAGUCCCAUUUGUCGAAACCGUCGACUGAUUUUCUGAGGUUUGUGGACGGUUUCCGUAAAGUCUCGCCGACGUCCUCUUGGACUACCAGAAUCCGGCAAAGGGAAAAACCAAGAGGAAAGAGAAGAUCCGUCGAAGUCGCGCAGAUUGACUGCCGGUUUUUCGCGGGGAAAUUUACCUAAAGAGCGUCUAGCUUUCUCCGAGCUUUCGAGAAUUUUGAAAGACGAUCGAUUGCGUUGCGUCGCUAAGAUGUGAGCCCAAUUGACAAGAUUUUAAAACAUUUUUAUCGGCUGACCAGUUGUCUUUAAAUAACUCUCCGUCCACUGGACGGUCACGGAAUAUAUCUCUUGAUAUCACUUGAAGAAAGCAGGAGAGCGAUGCCCACAGGUGCUGACUGUUGAUCGAAGAUAACCAAAGUAAUAACAAAGGACAACAUGGCUUGCGAUUCGCAGCGCAGCCUUGGCAUGUUGAAGGCGCUACGUGAAGCCAAAGGUUCUGUGGAGAAGUGUGAGGCGCUUGCCUACUUUUCCAGCAAUGCCUUUAAACUGGAAUCAACGACUGGUUUUACAAAGGAACAAUACAAAGAAUUACUAACGUUGGUCUUGGAUGCCUUUAUGCACGGAGACCUGGAUGUUCAUAGCGAAGCGAGCCUUGUAUUGAAAGCUAUCCUUUCUGGCUUAAAAAGUCCUAAGUUAUUUGCGUUAUUACAUUCGAUCGAUAACAAGCAGAGACUUAAAUUUUGUCAAUUCUUGGAAAAUGUUGAGGAUAAGGUAUUGCUAGCGGUGACGGAGGAUGAAUUUAUCGUGAAGUUUUUUACUCUUUGCUUGCCUGUUGAUCCAUCUAAGGAAUGGAUAGUGAUAACAGGGUGCGAAGAUAAUUUGCAACAGUUUUUGAAAACUGAGGAUAUGGCUCUUUCGUCUGACCAGGAAAUAGAAAGCCAAAUAAUUAAUAGUGCCAUUGAAUUACUUAGAAGAUUAUAUGAAAGGGCACCAGUUACUUCUGAUUCUCGUAUACGUCAGUUUGACAGGUUGAUUAUGGAUCCGAUAAUAAAAUUAGCUUACAUGGGUCACAAACGCCAUCGAAGUUCAGCAUUAAAAUUAUUACAACAGACAAUGAAUUCGGGUAUAGGAACCUAUGCUCGUGAAAAUCAUGGGGAUCUGUGGUUACAGUACAAGAACUUAUUGCAAAGUACAUACUACAAGAGAAUGGCUCUCUUGGUAUCAGCAUGCAAUCUAGACUGGGCCACGCAGUGGACAUUAAGUCUUCUGUUACUCGGUACCGACCUUCACCGUGGUGCAGGAUUAAUAAAUAAUUUAUUAAGCGUAGAAGAAAAGGCUUUUAAAUCAACUGACACUACCGUUCGAAGGCAGGCAUUUUUAUGUUGGAAACUAUUAAUUGACAAUUUCGCUCUGGAUCCUCGAGAACUGGCCACCAGUAGAAGAAUAAAGCUGUUAUGUAUUCCUCUAAACGCGAAAAAUAGCAAGACUGAGCUGAUAGCUCUCACCAAACUGGAAGUCUGGUGGCACUUAAUUGUCAAGCUGUACCCAGACAUCAGCAAGUUCGUUACAGUACUGACGCAGUUUUUAAAUUUUUCCUUCGGACCCCUGGGGGAUACUCCACUGAUGUCGGCUAAAUGCGACGUCGUUGCAUCUCCUGGCAAGAGAUUUUACAAAACGAAAGUUGUUGCUGUCGACAUGCUCUUUCAGCUUUUGGUUGUCAACGAGGAGGAUCGCAAGGCGAUUCGUCCUGUGGCAGAAGAGAGGCUUCCGCACGCAGUGACAGAUGUGGUCUUUCGAGAAAGCUACAAAAGCUUUGUACACAGUAUAGGAGAAGUCACUUUGAUACUUGACAACCUCAACGAUAAGGAUUUCAUGAAUAGGGAGCAGCUCGGAAGAAUCCUGUGGACUAAUCUAUUGGCUCGGACUGGAAAUAUCAGUGAUGACCUAAAGACUCAGGCAUACAGGGACUCCGUACUAGUUGCUACUGAGUUGACGCAGCACCUUGCAGAUAAACCAAUGAUAUUGGAGAUAUUUUUACGGGACGUUUUACAAGGACUUGCGAACGUCUACGAUCGCAUACCUGUUCGUGACGAUGCCACGUUCACCCUGGUGUUGAAGUUUAUGACACCUGCCGUCUUGAAGAAUUUAAAUAAGAACCACUGCGAAGCGUUGAAGCAGCUGCUGUGGCCAAAGGAUACGAUCAGUUAUCCCCCGAACAUGUUGUCAUUUGUAAGAAAAGUUCUAGAGAAGCUGAUAUCUAUUAGCAAAGAGCAUAGCAUAAAUUUUGCUACCGAGGAACUCUGGUGUAUUCUGGCCAAGUUAAUGACAAAGUACAUGAGUGAUGGUCAAGAAAUCAACGAAGGCAAUGCUGCGGAGCAUAACUUCCAGACCAUUUUAUCACUCAUUUCGUUUCCUUUUACUAACAUCCACUGGCAGAAUAUUUUACAGACAAAAAGUUUCUCCGGCACGUGGAGAAAUCUUUACAAGCAGUUCGAUGCACAGGCAGAUUUGGUGGCUACGGUGAGGCCAAAUGAAAUUCUGAUCACCGUUACCGAAUUAAUUCAGAAGUGCUUGGAAGAUGACAAUAAAUGCUACUCCUUCGCAAUCAAUUGUCUGGAUGCCUUGCUGAGCUCUAUCAACUAUGAUUGCUUGCUGGCUAUGGAGGAGGUACCCAACAUCGUUCAGUUGAUAGCUGACCUAACGAUCCGUGCUUUCCAGAAGAAACACAAUAUAGAAGUGGAGAUCGCCUUGAAGAGCUUAUCGGCGCUACUGAUCACCAUCUACGGACUGAAUCCGAAUAAAGUGACGAGUUAUUUGAUGGUCGUGAGACCUGUAAUAGACUUGAUGCUGGUUUCUAGACCGACGGAGAAGCUGAACAAAGAGGUGCCCAACGUCUGGGAAACGGUGGUCAGCAUCUUCAGGGGUCUCAACAAGCAGCUCUCGUAUGACUUGUUGUCGGCUUAUCGGGAAACGAUAACGCGAGCGGUGUCUCACUCGCAUCCUGAGAUCCAGGAGCAAGCCUUCCUGAUCUUCGACAUUCAAGAGAACCUUGAAGAGAAGGCGAAAGGUCUCCUCGCGGAGCUCUCGGAGUCCUUGAAGUUGCAUCCAGGGAAGGUCGAUCGCGUUGCUAAAAAGGAAACCGAAAAGGCGGCGCCGAAGCAGGUCAAGAUAGUGGGAAGUUUCCUGAAUAGAAGACCAUCUACACCGAGGCCGUACCUUGGGAAAGGCAAAGAGAAGGAAGAGAGGAAACCUGUCCAGCAGAUUGAUCCGGACUCUCAGGAAUACGUGCUGAUAGAGAGCGACGUGAGGUUCGAGGUGAACCGACUUACGGAGCACCAGAAGGAGAUCCUGAAGAGACGGAGGGAGGACAUCCCUGCUUUGUACAACGAUUUAUCCCAGUCCACUUCCCAAGACUCCGACAACCUGCAGCAGUGGUUCGAUAACAAAAUUAAACAGACGGCUGAGUUGGAAAGGGAGAAGGGUUUAUCUGGCAGUAAUAAGGAGAUUAAGCCGAACGUAGACUUCGAUGCCAACAAGGAGAACAAGCGCGAAACUGACCCGCCGAAGACUCUGGUCGACGAGAGGGUCUCUUCACCAAAGAUCGACCUAAAGCUUAUAAAUAACGUUGAACUAAUCAAGUCUAAUUCACCAGUCGAGGUGAACGGUGCGAAGAGCACCGAAAACUCAGCCAAAGGGAGUUUUAAACUCGAUGAGAGCGAGCUAGCCAAAAAUGAUGAUACCUCUUCGGCAACUUCUUUGGCGGCAAGUGAAAAAAUCCCGGAGGCGCCUCGAGAAAACGAGACUCUCGACGCGUCGGGGGAGUCCGUGGCGAAGAAAUUGAAUUUCGAGUCGAGGGAUGAGUUUCCUGAAGAGAAGGACCAAGUUGAGGGGAGCAGGAAGAAGAGCCGGAAUUCGCUGGGCAAGUCGGAGGUCGGUUCGAGCAAGAACGAAGGUAGGUUGCUGAGGGGCAAAGGCAAGCCUGGGAGUGCCAAAAUGGCGAACGAGGAUGCGACAGAUGCGAGCAAGAAAGGGGUGAAGCGUAAAGCUGCGUCCGACAGCGAGUCCGAAGCUGGUCAGGGUCAGAGGAGACGAAGAAAGACCACGGAAGAGAUCAGCGACACGGACAGCGUGGUGUCCUCGGAAAGCGACCACGUAGAUUGCAACGGUAUGCUGAUGGACCGAGAAAAUGUCAGCCAGAGGACCAGGAAAGAGAUGUCUCGUCUGCAGAUCAACAUGAAUUUUGAUAGUCCCUUGCCUAACCGACGUCGCUCGAAAGCGAACGAUGAAGAGUCCGGAAAGAAGGGUUCGCGUAGGAAGAGCCAGGGCGCUGCGGAUGGGAAGGUGAAACUCGGCGAAGGUCAGAUGAAAACCCACAGAGCCUCUGUAGGGAGGCCUAAGAAGAACUUGGAUGCCCAGUCCUCUCAGGAUAAUGGUCUUCAGAGAAGAAGGAAGAGCUCGAAACAGGAUGAACGACCCGAAGAGACGAACGAGAAUGAAGCUGCUGGAGAGGUCAAUAUACCGCAAAAGAGGACAUCACCGGUGGAAGCUAAGCUUGGAUCCAAGGUAUUCCCGAAGGAGGACCUUGAAGAGCCGAAGCCGAAGAGUGGCAGAAAAACGACGCCUGAUAGAAGCCUCCCUGGGCAGUCGGAACAGGACGAAGAACCUGAAGAAGAGCUACAGGCGGAGGACAAGGAUGUUAAGAUCUCGAAACCUGCGGUGGUUAUCCCGGAGACGAUUAUCGAGAACCCCGAAGAGCAUGAUAUCGGGACUCAGGACAUCGUCGAGAGCUCCCAGGAGUCGAGCCUUGAGGCGCAGUUGGAGAAGAAGUGUACCGAGAGGAAGUGCUUCAUCAAGAUCAACAAGAUAGAAGCUCCGGCUGGCGACAAGAUGGAGGAGGACAAAGUCAAUGAAAGCGCGGAAGUCCUUCCUCGAGGGAACCUUGAAGGGGGGGAGAUCAUCAACGACAGCGAAGAGGUGGAGAAAAGCGUCCAUCAGUCCCAGGUUAUCGAAGACGUUGAAGACGAGUCCCUGAAGCAGCCUGCAGUGGAGCCUCGUCCUUUGCCAAUCGGCGACCCUCCUCAGACCUCGAAGCCGUCGCACUCUGGCUUCCACUUCUCCCCGAAGAGCGGGAAACGUUUUGCUAAGCUGAAGAUGUUGUCUUCUCAAGGACGCGCCGCUCAGAUGUUGGGUCUGAUCGCAAAGCAAACAGGAGUGGAGAACGAGGGGCAGAUCCUUGCCAGGGUGGAGGAGGAGUUGAAGAAGCCGCGGUCGAGGGACUUCGAGAACGAAGGCUUCUUCGCGAGGAAGGAGAAGAUCUUACCCAAGGAGCCGGAGAAAUUCGGGAACCCGAGCGGCAGCAGGCAAGAGAAGAUCUUCAAUAACAUGAAGAUCACCGAGUUCUGCGCGUCCUCGUUGCCCAAGCCCUUCGUCAACCUGAAGAACGACGGCGAAAAGGUGUCCCCGAAGAUGGAGAAGGCCUCAUCAGGGCUUGAAAGUAUGGACGUGGACUCGGAGAUUAAGAUCGACCAGGAGGAAACUUCAAUACGGGAUGACGAUGACGACCUGCCGAUGCUGGAGUGGUCCAGCACGAAUCCGCCUUCCUUGACUGCCUCGCCGAGCACCAGUAUUCUAAAACGCGGAAGACAGGCUGCUCAAGAUCAACAAGACAAUGAGAUCACGCCUGGAAAGAAAAAGCGCGUCAGUUUCGCGGACCCACCCGUGUCCAAGGAGAUGGGCUACGAGAUCUCCAGCACGGGAUCUCCUCACCGCAUCUCCAAGCUGUCCAUCGCUAGAGUGUCUUCGAGAAUUAAGGAAGGCUCUAUUAAGCCGAAAUCCCCCAGGUUCAGGAUGAUCCAGUUGGACUCCGACGACGAGGACAAAAUAAAGGAAGCCAUCGUUACCGAGGACAUUAUCGACCUGGAUUCCCGGACAGAGGAAGAAAACGAAUUGUUGAGAAACGUAUCGUUCUCGUCCCAGUGGGAGGCUACAGAGAAGGAGAAGAUCUUCGACGUGGACCUUGAAGAGGAGAAGCGACCCGACUUGACGAGCGACUCGGUCGCGGAGAUGGUAGACCUCUCCAGGAUCGACAGCGUCGCGGAAGAGGUUGAGAUAAUAUCGGACUCUGGGUUGAAAGAGGAUGAGAACCAGAAGACUGAUCCGCAGGAACCUGCGGAAGACGCGACGAUGAAGGAACCUUCGGAAGAUGCGAGUUCUGUGGUCCCAGGAACGGUGGAGGACGUUGAGGUGAUGGAGACCCAAGAGGACAUAUUCUGCGUAGAAAAGCAGAAGUACCUAGCCGAGCUAGCUAGUGAACAUGUUGAAGACACCGUCGAAGUGACUAAAGAGGGUUCGGAAGACCCAAUUCACAGUAGCACACCCGAAAGUAGUAGCACCUCCGCCGUCAGCAACAAUAACGACUCGCUGGUGGACGUGGCUGAUUCGGCGAUGGAUCGGACCAGAUCGGAGGACCUGGAAGACACGGUAGACGUGCAGAACGUAACCGGGCUGAACACUUCGGAGAGCUCCGUGGAGAUGGCGUCGAACGGGCCGAUUCGCAGCAGCACAAGAGCCAACCUAGAGCCAGAGGCUGACCAGAGUACGGUGACCGUCACCGAUUCAGUUUUUGGGAGCUUGGCUUUCAGUCAAGACAGUCAACCUUGCAGCAUGCAGCUUGGAGUGGAGCCGAUACCUCCGGAAUCCUUGGACUCGACCCGGCCGAUCUGCCCCUCGCUUUGUUCAAGCGAAGAGGCCUUAGACUCCUUAGCUGGUAAACUGACGAACCCUCUUUGGAAGGAGAGCCUCCUUUCGGAGUUCUCCGACAGGGGCCUUCGUACUGUAGGCGAUCUCGCCCGACUGUCGGAACGGGAGGUCAACAGACUCCCGGUUAAGGGACAUCCGAAGGUGGAGUUCGUCAGGAACGUCUUGAGACGGGUCAGUUCCUCGCCGACGUUACAAGGUGCCACGGUAGUUGGUAGGUCCUUUGAAGAGACGCCAUCAGCGGUUCUGGACUCUGUUCCGACUUCAGCUUCGCCAUCAGCUUCGUCAUCAGCUUUGAAUUUUACUCCACCUCCAGCUUCAACACCUAACCAGGCGCCCUUAUCUCCGGAUAUCGUGUCUAGUACCCGAAGCAGUCCACCAAUGACGACGCCCAAAUCUUCCAUAAACGAGUCUACCGUUCCAUUAGCUGUCUCCCAAUCUUCGACUCAACGAUCUCUAUCGGAACCAACCAAGAAACCAACUUUAAGCGCGACUAGACCCGAGAGUCCGGAGAUCUUCAUGGUCCAACGAGUCCCUAGAGUCGCGACAGUCACCUCAGGAAACGAUGCAGCAUCCUCUUCGAGGACGAAAUCCAAGACGCCCACGACGCAGACGGACACUCCAUCGAUUCGUCGAUAUCUCAUCGUUAAGCCAGAUAUCGAAAUGGACGGUGAAUCCGUGAGAAGAAUCGAACCGUCGACCUCGCAGGACGCCUCGACGUCGGAGGCGUCAAAGAGGGAAGUGGCGAGGCUCGAGGCGCCUCCGACGUCGAAAGUGUCCGUAGGGACGUUGACGGACGUCGCGUUGACGAAGAAGGCCACGAAGAGCGUCGAGGCCCAGAUGGCCUUGGAGGACCUCCUGGACGAGAUCGACGUUACCCUGGUUCUCCAGAGCGCCGUCAGGAGAUGCUCCCCAGAAACCAUCUUGACGCACUACAAGGCGAAGAUGAAGCACAUGCCCGACUCCGAGUUGCAUAAGGAGACCAUGAGGAUCCUGGGGCUGGACGAUAAGCUGAAGUCGAACGAGCUGAACCUGAGGACUGCCUGUCGAGCCUGUGGGAUAAACAAGGUCUUGCUGCGGCUCCCGGACAUCUUCUGCACGGACAAGGAGUUCUUCACGAAAGUUCUCAUCGCCUACAAGAAGAAGCUGAAGGUCGCGGACUGCCUGGAAGCUCUGGACUUCGCCGAGGUGAAGGAUGCGAUGUGCCACAAGUGCAACGCCUCCGAGCUCGCGGAGAUGCUGUCGAAGAAGCUGCAGGAAGAGGAGCAGCAGGGGAUCGAGCAGCCGAUCACGGAGCCGUCGAGCCUGGACGCGAUCCUGAAGAGGAUGCCGAUGGACGUGAUCAUCAGCCACACGGUGGCUAACGAAGAGGUCGUUCCUGCGCGACUGGUCCUGGACAUCGCGGUGCAGAACAACAGCCAUGAAGCCGUUGCCUCUGCCUUGAAGUCCCAGGGCCCAGCCAGGACAUCGGCGCUCUUCGAGGCGCUCUGGUCCUCCAGGGACGUGGCAGCGCGAAUCCGGGAAGGUGCCGUUCCUCGGGAAGAUCUGCUGGAGAUGUUCGGAGCUGUGAGCGAGUCCUUGACUGCCAAAGACCUCCUUGAAGCCUUCGGCCAGGCUAUGAGGUUGAAGCUGAUCAAGGACGAGCCCAGGGAUGCUUUACAGUAGUCGAGUCCUAGUUGGAACCUCCCUGGUUCUUCCUAUCCUCCUGAUCCUGAUCCAGGACGCCUCCUGUAAAUAAUGGCCCGGGUCCCCAGGAACCGCUCGGUAGGAAUCUGAACCCAGAAUCAGAUUUCGCCGCGGGUUCCCCACCUGGAGGUCCUCCUUUUCCUCGAAGAGGGACCUUUUACCCAUCGCGUGUGUUGAAAAUCGUGUUCAGGCUCCCUUGCGAAGGCGACCCCGUGUUGGUCACGCCCUGAGUCGACUUGUCGCGAUUUAGGCUCGAUCGUACAUACCAGAGGUCAAAGUGUUUGGGCUGUACGCACGUCUCUUGUGUAACCGCGACCAUAUACGUCAUGCGUAAUAAA